AUAUUAUUAGCGCGUCGCCAUUUUGCGUUGCUUUUUCCUUUGAAAUUGUGUGGCUUGUUGAAAGAUUUAACUUAAAUAAUAAUUGUUCUGUUAUAGCGAAGCUGUGAUUGUUAGUAACUAGUAGUGUAUUAUAUCUAAUUGUUUUUUACUUAUUAUUUUCUAAGUUUUCGUGUAUUUUACGUUACAAUGGGCAGAAAGAAGAAGAAGGCAUCUAAGCCAUGGUGCUGGUAUUGCAACAGGGAGUUCGACGACGAAAAGAUACUGAUCCAACAUCAAAAGGCGAAACAUUUCAAAUGUCACAUUUGUCACAAGAAACUGUACACGGGGCCUGGACUGUCAAUACACUGCAUGCAGGUUCACAAAGAAGCCAUAGAUAAAGUACCAAAUUCAUUACCAAAUAGGUCAAAUAUAGAAAUAGAAAUCUAUGGUAUGGAAGGUAUACCACCAGAAGAUGUGAAGGAGCAUGAGAAACAGAAAUCAGGUGGUGGAAAAGGAUCAGAUAGUGACGACGAUGAGCCAGCUGCAAAGAAAAAAGCAACGCCUGCUUUGUUAGGGCCAGGCCCGUCACAAGUGACACAGGGUAUAUUACCCACACCCAUGGGACCAGUGCCUCCGGGGAUGUAUCCCGGACAUAUGCAAAUGCAAAUGAUGCCUCCGUUUAUGCAGGCACCUAGAAUGAUGAUGCCAGGAAUGCGGCCGUUAUUCCCGGCGGCCAGCAUGCACCCCACCUCGACGGCCAAACCCACGUUCCCCGCCUAUAGCAACGCUACGAUAAGCGCGCCGCCCACCACGUCGACGCCGUCAUCGAGUUGCGAGCCCAAAGAGAACGGCGACGUGAAGCCACCCGCCGCCAACGCCUGUCCGCUCGUCACUGCGACGGGCGCCGGCUCUAAGAUCGUCCACCCCCCUGAAGACGUGUCUUUAGAAGAAAUCCGGGCUCGGAACGUAAAGUACCGCGCGAAGCCGAAGCCCGACGCUCCCCCCGCGCAGCCGGCGCCCGCGCCCACGCUCGUCACGCCCAGCACGAGCCAAGCUGAGGUAUGGGUGCAAGCACACAUGAACGCGGCCGUGGCGGCGGCGCGGCAGCAGCAGGCGGCGGCGGCGCUGCGGCGCGGCGUGCUGGGCGGCAUGGGCAUGGGCAGCAUGGGCGGCAUGGGCAUGGGGGGCAUGCUGCCGCCCGGCAUGGUGCCGCGCGUGCCCGUGCCGCACGUGCCCGUGUCCGUGCCGCAGAUGCCGCCCGUGGUGCCCAUGCUGCCCGUCAUGCCGCAGUUCAACCUCGUGCGGCCCCUGCAGCCCGGGAUGCUGCUGCCGGGCGGCAUGAUGCCGAUGGGCGCGAUGUUCCCGAGCGGCAUGGUCAUGCAGCCGCGCUACCGAUAGCGCAGUGCCUCGGCCCGCCCUGUUGACAGCCGGCCGAAGGUAGGCGUCGCUCGUAUGUUGUACGUCCGCUUGUGUGUCCGCGCUAUGCUAAGGUGAGGGGCUACUAACUCAGGUAAGCGGACAGGUGACGCCAGUCGCCCGGCGCCCGGCGCCCGGGUUGGGCCGGCAGUUCCCUGCGGCGACCGCAGGCGACGCGUUACCUGUCACAACGUCAGUUGUUGGAUUGGCGGCCCCCUGUCCUUAGCAUAAGUCAUUAUAUUCCUACCUUACCACUGAGCUCUCACAUAGACUGUCAACAGCAGAUUUCAGUAGUGAAUUUCGUUCUUAAUUAAAUUUCUGGUGUUAAGAGAUGUGUGUAAGAAUAAUAAUAAAAUAAAUGUUAUCUGCCUUGAAUUCUCUAAGCGUUUCCACAUUAAAGUUGUGACGUUUUGCCUACUCUUGUAGAAUUUUGACUAUUUUACGCAAUAAAUGCUCUGGACAUGA